AUGAACGUCCUCAUCAGCAUCCUUAGCCUCUUCGGCUUCCUCUCUAACAUGACUCUGGCUGCCUAUCUUCCAAACGGCAGCAUUCCUCCACGUAGCAUGGGCGACAUGACUAUCAGCAAGAUGACCUUCGAAGGCAGCAUUGGCGAUUAUAAAGUCCAACUCAACGGUUCUAUUCAGGAGAUUCACGCUCAGAUGAAGGCCAUCUACCCAGACUUCGACCCUGAUACGGCUAUCUCGAACCAAACCUUAGAUAUUCGGCAUCUGGGAAAACGCAGCAAGAUGCAACCACCCCUCUGCUAUCCAGUCCAAGACUGGGGUCGUGCCGAAACAGCACCAAUCAACACCGGCAUCCGCUACCUAAACCAAGUCCAAGCCCUCUGCGGCGUUGGAGCCAACAGCUGUGUUCGAGUCAGCUGCUCGUAUCGCGCUGCCAUCUAUCUAUGCAACGAUAAUGAUUAUGGAAUCACGCCAACUUGUCCUUAUAUCGCGAGCUAUGCUCAGGAUAUCAUCAAUAGCUGCAAUUACCAUAGACCGGGCGGCAAUACGUGGGAUUGGUCGGUGUGUGGGCAGGAGUUUGAUACGGAUAAUUAUAACGUUAUUGUGAGAUGGGAUAACAGCGAUGGAUGUUAA